CCCAAGAAAAAAAGCAAAAAGAGCAACUUUCAGACAAAUUAAAGAGUGCGGAAACAGACUUACAAAUAGAAAGAGAUGCUAAAAAUUUUAUUCAGCAAAAACUCAACCAGGAAAAGUCUACUAAUUCUAAUUUUCAAAAUCAAAUCAACCAAUUAACCCAAGAUAAAAAUUAA